AUGCACCUCUCGGGCGACUGGCUCCUGGUCAAGAACACGAACCUAACGAGCCUGAUGGUGCCCCACAGGAAACUGGAACGCCUCGGGGUUCGGGACAACAGUAGGCUGACCUCGGUCAAGCUACUGCCGUCCGUGUCCGACGGCGCGAAUUUGUCGGUUAUCACAAUUGAGCAGAAAGAUGCACAUCUCAAACGGUGGAGCUGGCCAAAGGGGCCCAUAAGAGUAGUCGAAAUUGAGGCCAGGAUUGACGAGGAGUUUUUGUAG